CGUCCACGACCCCAAGGUGCUGCACCGGGAGCUCAAGUUGCACAUCCUUCUCAAGGACCACAAGACCAUGGUGCUCAAGAUCGUUGAAUAUGUUGAGGACAUUUACAGAUUCUACAAGAGCACUGAGGGCACCUGCCUUCCUCUCAGCAGCUACAUGAGCUCACAGGCUGAAAUCAGCGAGAGAAUGAGAGCUAUCCUUAUCGACUGGAUUAUCUAGGUACAGUACAGGCUUACUCUAAUGCCAGAGACACUUUACUUGACCGUCUACAUCAUCGACCAGUACUUAUCUAUGGAGAGUGUACCAAGAAAGGAGCUGCAGUUCGUCGGCAUAAGUGCCAUGCUGAUAGCAAGCAAGUACGAAGAGAUAUGGGCUCCACUGGUUAAGGACUUGAUGUGCCUCUGUGACAACGCAUUUACCAGAGACCAGGUUCUGACCAAGGAAAAGGCCAUCCUGGACAGGCUCCAUUGGAACCUGACGGUUCCAACAAUGUACAUGUUCAUUGUUAGGUACCUGAAAGCUGCAAUGUGUGACACAGAGCUUGAGAACAUGGCAUUCUUCUACUCCGAGCUGGCAUUGGUCCAUUACUCGAUGCUGGUUUACCCUCCAUCGGUGACCGCAGCCGCUGCCGUCUAUGCUGCCAGGUCUACACUUGGGAUGAAUCCACCGUGGACUGAUAUUCUGGAACAUCACACUGGCCUAGCUGAGCCACAGUUACUGCUAUGGCAGACAUUGGAAAGAAGGAUGGGCUUAAGGGUUACUGGAAAGGAAACCUUCUACACGUGCUUGAUAUUCCUAUCCAUCUCCCAUUAA